CGAGCAAAUGGGAAUGCAAAAAUUAGGCUAUAUCUGCUCAGGGGAGUGUUUCCCAUACAACAACGUAACUCGCUGCUUAACUACCAUAGUACAAUGCAUUGUUGAAGAAAUCAACUAGUCACGACUGUUUCCCAAAACCACAUUUGUCGUUCAACCACACUGGUUAAUAAACGCAGGUGGUGGAUAAUAACUUUUUUUAAUUAAUUCUUUUGAGAUCAUAUUUGUAAUGCAGGGUGAAACCAAAAACAAAGGAGAGCUAGACCCAAAUGCAGUGAGUGGCCUAAUGGUUAGAGAAUCAGGCUGGUAAACCGAAGGCUGCGGGCUCAAUUCUCAAUGCCGGCAGGAAAUGACUGCGCUGCCCUUGAGCAAGGCACCUAACCCCCAAUCUCUCCCCGGGCGCCACAGCAAAAUGGCUGCCCACUGCUCUGGGUGCGCUCAUGGUUUGCAAUGUGUGUGUGUUCACUCUUCACUACUCCUAAUGUGUGUGCACUAACUUGGAUGGGUUAAAUGCAGAGGACAAAUUCCGAGUAUGGGCUACCGUACUUGGCCUUCACAUGUCACUUCCAAGCGAGCCACACGAGUCCUGAAAAGUGAAGCCAAAGCGUCUUGAUCACCCCCAGGUGGCUGGAUGCAGUAUAGGUCAUAAACCCCACCCUCCCCUUGCAAUGUAAUGGGACGUGAGACAAACUAAAGUCAAAUUACACAUCAAUUUAUUUAUUUAUUUUUUUCCAAAGAUGGUUUCUGUCAUUUUAGGCAGUUUUUAUCACGCUGAUGUUAGUUAAAGUGUUCGUUCUUUAAAUAAGUUUGUUUUUAGUUAGUUAUUUGAUGCUAUAAAAGUGUGGGUUUUAACGUCAUGAUUGACAGCUGAGAUUGACAGCUUCUCUGAGCUAAGUAGUCACUGAAGCACCAACAGACUUUUUUCUGGAUCUUCGGGAGGAGACCGGGGCUUUAACUUUAAUUUCUACAUUUCCAGAACUGUUUAUUUCACACCGACAUAAUGUGUUGUUCUGCAGUAUUAACUGAUUCUGCGGGAGUGUGGGCAGGACCUUGAUAUCGCGGCUCCACUUCACGCUCACUACUGCGCAGACUCGGACUCCAAGUUCACUAUGCGCAGACUCGAUGACUCAAGAUGUCAGCGCUAUAUUGGCACACUGGUGGUUUCAUUUACUACAAUGGAAGAGAGUGAAGGUGCGUCGUCCAUCUUUUUUUACAUUCUAUGGUCCCAUCACUUUACUUCACUUCUAGAGCUUUAUUGACAAAAAUGAACAAAAACAAAUAAAACAUGAAGACCAGAGAACCAGGAACAGAAUGAGCGCACCAAACAUAACAUCCAUGUAGGAACAAGACUCGGCAAAGAACACAAGAAGUUUUAAAUACACAAAAGCAAACAAGACAUACCUGGGAAUAAUCUCUGAACUAAUCAACACAAAAAACUACAAAGGACUACAAAACAUGGCACAGAACAGGAAAUAAGUCCACACAAGACCAGUGGAACACAGGCCGAGAUCAUGACAGAAAUAAUGCCUGUCAUUUCAACCACACAACUUUGCGAUGCUGUUGCCAAUGUUUGUUGGAUCUAUGGUUUCAGGAAACACGACUCGUUAAACUAUGCUGAUAACAAUGGAACUUGCAACCGUAAUUGGCUAACACUCCAUUAAAAACUCUUUAAACUCCAUUAAUACACAAAUUGAAGGAGAUAUUAUAUAUAUCAAUUUCAUUAACUGACCAUCUGUUCAUGCAAUUAGCUUUUCCCAACUGUGAGAUCAGAGAAAUGUUUUGCCUAACUGGGAAAAUGUCUGAGGUAAAUGCACAGACUGUCUUAUAACUUCACGAAUUCAAGACAUAUUUCCACACAUAUGCACAAGGAAUCAUAAAUCAAUGGGAUUUGCUAUAGGAUACUUGAUGCUGUUAGUCAGGCACUUAUUGGUGAAAUAUACACCAAGGGUUACUGUUUUUUUUUUUUGUUUUUUUUUCUCUCAGUCAUUUUGACACACACAAACCAGCCACUGGGAUUCCAUACGUAGUUCAUGACAGAUGCUUUACAGAUAUUUAAAGUGUGAUACUCUCUGAUCAUUCUCAGUACCUUCAACAACAGAGGUGACACAAGCCUGGAGAUUUGCAGUUACAAAGACUUUAUUGAUCGCAGUAUUAUUCAGUGUUUUAUAACAGCAUUUUUUGUCUUUUUUAUUGAAUAUGUCUGAUUUUAAUGAUUCUAAAUCUAACAUCACUCAGACUAUAUCACCAGUGGAUCGAGAUUUGAAAACAUUUUUGUCUGUGUCCUCAUGUGUUAUUUUCCUGUAUGUCAAUGGAGUCAUGAUCUUCACUUUGAGGAAAAAGACUGUUUUUCAGGAGGCAUCUCGCUACAUUUUGUUUGGUCACAUGCUUUGGGUCGAUACGCUCAACCUUGUUAUGAGUGUACUGUUGUUUGUGCUGGCUGUUUGUAGGCUUUUUGUUAUGAAAAUUGUCUGCCUUAUACUUCUUGUUGCUGCGACAGCUCUCUAUCAGGUCUCUACAUUAAAUUUGGCUUUGAUGUCACUGGAGAGGUAUGUGGCCAUCUGCAUCCCUCUCAGACAUGCAGAAAUCACCACCUACGGAAGAACUAACAUGGCCAUUGGUGUUGUUUGGAUGUUAAGCUGGAUUCAAUCCCUAUCUGAGAUUAUUAUCUUUUAUUCCAGUGAUACCAACAUAGCAAUGCAUUUGUUCUGCUCAAGAACUACUCUCUUUAGGCUGCAGUUCUACAAAAAAAUUGAAAUUGCUUUUACAUGUAUAUUUUUUGUAUCUGUGUGUUUUGUUAUUAUCUUUUCUUAUGCUUCUAUAGCAAGUGUGGCUAAAUCAGCCUCCUGUGAUAAAAUGUCAGCCAAAAAAGCCAACAAGACUGUUCUGUUGCAUCUAAUACAGCUGGGUCUCUGUGCUGCAUCCAUUUUAGUUGGAGUUAUUCAAGAAGUCAUUUAUGUUUAUACUGACUAUAUGACUUCAUUGAAUGUGAUGUAUUUUUGCUUUGUAGUGUUUAUGAUUUUUCCAAGAUGUCUAAGUCCUCUUAUAUAUGGCAUGAGAGACCAGGCCUUUAGCUCUUUAUUCAAAUACUACUUUACAUUUGGUCUCAAAAGAAAAAACAGUUGUAUUACAAAGAUACAUAUAUCAGGAGGCGGCUGAAAAAUACUAUAUACUAUAAAAAUCAUGGUAAAACCUGUUGAAAUGUUAUCUAAAAGGCUUUAAUAGAUCAUGUUCUUUUGUUAUUAAGAUACAAAAGAAUAUUUAUAUAAUGAGAUAUUGGAGAUCAACCAUACAAAAAUAACUGACCUUUGGCAAAUCAUGCAACCUUGUAUUUAACAAACAUUAAACCUUUAUCACAAUUUGGCAGUGCAGUAACCACAGAUAUGAGAAGGUGUUUUGUAAGGGUUGUUUUAUUUGUCCAUGUUUUGCACUCUUUCCAGCCAUAUAUCAUACAGUUACAGUUACUACUGAGUUAUGGAACAUAAGUGACAUCAAAGUGUUUUGAAAGUAAAACAAUGAGAAAAACAAAAUGGUGUCAAUUACUACUGACUACUUAAUAAAACAUUUUUUUGUUGCCAACAUGAUUAUGUAGAUAGGAAUGAAUUUUAUAUGCAAUUCAGAUUGCUGCAGAGGAGUGAAUUACUUUUCACUGAUAGAUUUUGAAUUUAUCCAUAUAUACUGACAAAUGUUUCCAUUACACUGUCAAUCAUUUUACAUUAGCUUUACAAACUAGCUUUUGCUGGAAUCCUGUAAAGUUAAACAAAUGUGCACUUUGUGCAGCAAUUUUAUAUAACAUAUACAACAUAUUAUAUAUUAUUUGAUCAUAAAAAAAGAAAUGUAAACUGGUGCAUGUGUAUGUGUGCAUGAUCUGGAGAGCAAACAACACUUCUUUUUUUACAUUCAAAAAUACAUUCAAAGCCAUGUCAAAGCACUUUCUGCACAAAACUCAGUGGUCAUCAACCUGGGCUGUAAAUACUAUUGCAGGUAUUGCAUUGAACUCACCAUUCUUAUUUAUGCAGUUAUAAAUGCUCAAAAACCAUUAAAAUACAUUUGAAAAUUACUUGUUAGUCAUUAAUUAACACCUUUAUAAACCUUGUUGUAGUGUUACUGUACAUAAAAUGUACACAGUUUGUAAUAAGACAAUCGGCUUAAUGCAUUGUUCAUUAUACAGGGCUCUAUGUGCGCCUAUUUCACUCGCAUUUGCUCCUGAAAAUAACUGCGUGCGACUGUGAAAAAAUAUUUAGGCGCACUGGCGUGAGUGACCCAAUCGAUUCUCAUGAAUAUAUCUACAAUCGGAAUAAAAAAUACAACUCCCAAAAUUUAUAUACUAUAAAAAAAAAAAAUUAAAACGACGGUGGGGGAGGUGCCGCAGUCAUUGUGGGCAAGUGAUAUAACCAGUGUUGCGGCUGAACACCGGUAACACAGUCGAUCUUAGCAAGCCUAAUAUGUGUAAAUUAAGUACUAUCACACAAGUAUACUCCUGUUUCUCCGAGUAUUGGCAUGAUUACAACUGUGAUACUUACUGACCCAGCAAGCAAUAGCUGUCAUUUCACUGUCUCGGUUAACUAUAGACCCGAUAUAGUCUGGCUAUGAGUAACUCACUUUUAGCCAAAAUAAUCUUUCAUUUGGUUUUGCCAAAAUAACUUGCGAGAUGUAUGAUAUUCUAUCAUGUAAGCGAAGUCAACAGUGAUUACAAGGUGGUUUCAUAUCUUUGGCGUGUUCUAUGCGUAGACUGUGCAUAGCCACGAUUUAGCUCGUAGUCAGACCAGUUGUCUGCCGAAUUUCUACUCCCUGCCAAAUUAUUACUCCCUUGUUGAAGUCGCUAUCUGAUUGCCUAAUCCUAACCCCACCCCUAAUCCUAACCCCUCCUCCACACCUAAUCCUAAACCUACCAAUACUAGGGGGGUAAUAGUUUGGCAGGGGUAGGAAUUCGGCACCACACCUGUUAUUUGUAGCCCACCUUUAGUCAAUCCUGAUUUAUUGUAGUUUUUGGACAGGAAGUGCAUGAGAUGGUUGAUAUCCCAUCAUGUUCGCAAUGUCAAUGAUUAGGGAUGCACCGAUACCAUUUUUUAAGGACCGAGUACGAGUACGAUACUUUUUUUACUGGUACUCGGCCGAUACCGAUACCGAUGCCUAUACAUUUAUUUUUUUGUUUAUUUUUUUUUUUGGUGAUGUUGCAGUUUUCCAAGCACAACACAGUGAGACGAAUGAAUGUAGGACAGCUUCUUUAUUAUUACUCUAAUGAAAAAAGUAAUAAUUUUUAUGUGCUUGUCACAAACUUAAAGAACAAAAAUUUCACGGUGUCCAAUAACCUUCAGAGGGCAUAAUUACCAAUAUAUAUAAUUGUUGUUAUAUAAAAAGAAAGUUACAAACAAAUUACAAACAAGACAACAAAUACUAUAGAGAUACAAAUUAAAUAAACUUGUUUUUCAGAUACAGUAGGUUUAUUUACCAUGUAUACAUUUAUUUAGCAUCUUUUGUUGUUUUAUUAACAUUAAUGACAAAUAUAGGCUACGGUCCUUUUAAGACCGAAUCCAUGGAUACUGACACAUAUCCUGUUUUCACCCAAAUGUUUAUGUCGACUUAAGCCAUAACCGACUGUAUUUACG